CGGCAGCAGCAGCGGCAGCAGCAGCAGCAGCAGCAGCAGAAGGAGGAGAAGACGGAAGAGGGAGAUCGAAGAACGCCGGCAACCGUGUGGCACGGCUGUUGUUUGAAUGCUUCUUCCGGCGAGAGCGCGCGAUCGAUCGAUCGAGCCGAUCAUCCAUCGCGAGAAAGAGAGACGCGUAUUAUUUGAACAAGUGAACGCACGCACGUACGCACGUUACGUAUACAUACGUCGGAAAAGCGACGCGAUCGCAAGGACUCGCCGAUAGUAUCGGCUGUGCGAGAGCGGAGAAGCCUUCCACUCUCCUCUCCCCUCCACCCCCCCUCUUCGCCCACGAAACACGGAGAAGAGAAUAUAGAGAGAGGGAGAAGCGGCGCAUCGCAUUGAAGUCGCACGCGCGUGGAACACUCCGACCGGUUAUCGCCUUCAGUUGGCUCGUGGCUCGCGCGGAGCGUGGUCGAGGUGUUAUAUCGUUCGUUCUCGUUGCGUUCUGUGCCUGUCGCAUCGUCGUUGUCGUUAUCGUCGUCGUCGUCGUCGUCGUGUUUCUGUCGUAAUGUGCCUAUGACGAGGUGAUGAACGGCCGACGUCGCAGUGUCAAGCGACGUAGUGACAGUGUUCGUCGUCCUGCCGAUGGACGAUGACGAUUAACAAAGCGGACAGCAACAACGUGGUGAUCGUCCGUGGACGCGAGAGAGGGAAAACAGUGUGCUCUAUGUGAUCUAGUGUACUUACUUGUAUAAUUUCGCAUAUAUCUAUAUACACAUAUAUGUAUUGUAUAUACAUAUAUUUAUACACGCGACGCGUACGGCGUGCAUUCUUGGAUUACGCAUCGUCGCGGAUGAUUCCUGUUUGUGAUCGUCCCUAAUUGCAUCUGAGGAUAAUGCGAUAUUGCAGUCGUCGCGCAGUGCGCCAAUAAACGCGUUCGCAUCUACCUCGUGAAGACCUGGUUGUCGUGUAUAGAGAAAGUUUUUUUUCUCCGAGGAUUGGCGCUGAUACGACUCUAUCAACAACGGCGGUGAUCGGCGUCGGGGUGCAGCCAUUAUCAUCCGGCUAUCAUAGUACAGUGCCACCCCAAAACGGCAGGGGUGGUUCGCCACUUCGCGUCGCGGCGAUGGUAGCAGCUGCCUCCGCUACGGCCACCGCCACUGCCAGCGUGGUGGCCAUGCAGGACCGCCAGGAUAUCCCCGCGCAAUUCAAUCAAGUAAAUGUUUGACGAGCUCUCAUGACGUUAUCAAUGACGCGACUAGGGAGAAUCCUGAUUCAUACGUUACAUAGAGCGUUUAUAUCAUCUAAAGUAUAGUAAGAUGCAGAGCCAACACGGAAUGCCCCCCCAACCGUACAAUUUGGGGUACGGCCAAAGAGGACCAAUGGCAGGAAUGGGGCCAGUCGCGAUGAACAACUUUAAUGGCAUGGGCACGAUGAGCCCGAUGCACACUAUGAAUUCCAUGAAUUCGAUGAACAGUAUGAGUGGCAUGAACUCGAUGAAUCCUAUGACAAUGGGAGGCAUGAACGGUAUGAAUAGUAUGAAUGCUAUGAACGGAAUGACACCUAUGAACUCCAUGAGCAACAUGGGUAACAUGGCUAUGAACAACAUGAUGGGACCCAAUAACAUGCAGAUGAACAAGCUGCAGGGUCAGCCACAUCAAGCCUAUCCGCGAAGACUAGCACCCUAUCCAAACGCGACCAUGCACAUGACACAAAAGCGGCAACAAGUUCCGUACUCGAAUCAGAAUCCUGCGGCUAUGCAGCAGAGCUUCAAUAGCAUGACAGCGUCGCAAUACUCGAACAACUAUCCUACUGCGGUGAGGCCGAACUUUCAGCAGCAGUAUCAGCCUAUGCAAAACAUGCAUCCCACGGCGGCCGGUUUUGGGCCCGGCGCAAUGAUACGAGGGACGAAUAUGAGACAAACAGCGCCGGCUUAUAAUACCGCAUCUCAGACGGCCGCCGCAAACCAAUAUAGCUACGGCAAUAAUGGUGUUUGCAUGGUCCCACCCUCCUCCGUCAGCAAUCAAUUCGUCGGUCAUCAACCGAACACGGGAUACGUCGGCGCUAACGCGUCGUACGGCGCGUCCACCGUAGCGACCAGUCAAUAUCAGCAGGAUGUAGCGUCAAUGAGAUCGGCGAAUGGAGGCAAUGUGAAUUAUCAGCACAGUCCCAUUCCUGGCAAUCCGACGCCUCCGUUAACACCCGCCACUAGCAUGCCGCCUUACAUCAGUCCAAAUCCGGAUAAACCUAAUUUCAAUGAAAUAAAAUCGCCGGUCAAUAUUCAAAGUAAUGAUGAAUUGAGAUUAACAUUCCCCGUGAGAGAUGGCAUUAUUCUUCCGCCCUUCCGUCUAGAGCACAAUUUGGCUGUUAGCAAUCACGUAUUUCAACUGAAGCCCACGGUACAUCAAACGCUAGCGUGGCGGUCGGAUCUUGAGUUGCAGCUCAAAUGUUUCCAUCAUGAGGACAGCCUAAUGAAUACCAAUUGGCCGGCGAGUGUGCAAGUCUCUGUUAACGCGACUCCUCUCGUGAUCGAUCGCGGGGAGAAUAAGACUUCCCACAAGCCGCUCUACUUGAAAGACGUCUGUCAACCAGGAAGGAACACAAUUCAGAUUACCGUAUCUGCAUGCUGUUGUAUGAAUGACCAUUUACAGUCGCAUCUAUUCGUACUGCAAUUGGUCCAUCGGCCUAGUAUACGAAGUGUAUUACACGGAUUAUUACGUAAAAGGCUCUUGACGGCAGAGCAUUGUGUAACAAAAAUCAAAAGAAAUUUCAAUAGUACAUUGACGAACAAUGGUAUACAGUCGGAGAAAGAUGUAGUGGAACAAACAGCACUAAAGGUACCUUUAAAAUGUCCUAUCACUUUCAAACGCAUUACACUGCCAGCUAGAGGACACGAGUGCCAACAUAUAAAGUGUUUUGAUUUGGAAUCAUAUUUGCAAUUGAACUGUGAACGAGGUAGUUGGAGGUGUCCAGUAUGCAAGAAACCUGCGCAGCUAGAAGGCUUAGAAAUUGAUCAAUAUAUGUGGAGUAUUUUGAAUACAUUAAAUGCCACGGAAGUUGAGGAGGUAACGAUAGACUCGCUCGCUAAUUGGAAACCCGCGAAGAACUUAACUGGUAUUAAGUCCGAGGAAGAAAACGAUUGUAAGAGAACGACCAAGGCUAUGUCGCCGGGCAGUAUGAAUAUGCCGACUAUGAACAAUUGGGACAUGAAUCAAGCUAUGAGUCCUUAUAUACCUCCCGAUAUGAACAGUAUUGUGAGCGGCUCGAUGAUAAACAAUGCAUCUUCCACAUAUGCGAAUAAUAGCAUAAACCACCGGAACACGUCGGGUGGAACAUACGAGAUAAACUCUGGGACAAAUACUAUCGGCAAUAAUGAUUAUGUCAGUGGAGCUGGUCCAUUGUCGCACUUAAAUGAAUCCGUUAAUUCUUUAGAUCCUCUCAAUGCUAUGGAGAAAUCGCUCAACGAUCAGAUGCCGCAUACCCCACAUACACCACACACUCCGCAAUCUACCCCUCAUACGCCGGCUGGUGGAACCAGCGGCCCGCCGAGCGUCCCGCCUGCAUCGCAAGAAUCUACGGGAAAUCAUAAUACUUCCGGCAAUACGAAUAUAAAUAAUGACACCGCGACCGACAUACCAUCGGAUUUGAAUUUUGAUCCUGCUGCAGUUAUAGAAGGGGAAGGUACCGGUCAAGAGGCAUUAAAUCUCUUGCCAGACAAUGUGGACGCAAUGGAACUGCUCUCGUAUCUAGAUCCACCGGAUCUAAACACUCCGCCUAGUAGUGGCGCUAGCAGUGGUAACCCUUCAUCCAGCGAUGACAUAUUGGCACUCUUUGAAUAAGAAGAAAAAGAAGAGAAAUAAGAGGCGAGUGGAUAUCUUGUAAAGAUGUAAUCAAACUAUGACCCCUGCCCACUUUGUAAUAACGUGAUGAGAGAAUAGAGAUACAUCUCAUUGCAUCUCAUUCUGGCUAUUUUUGUGCAAAUUUGUCAAGGUUCUCAUGAGCUCAAACGAAUUGCGCAAAAUAUCCAAUUUCUGAUUCUCUGAUACGAGAAAAGACUACUCGAAAGUCUAUUAGAUGCGAGCAUUUGCGAUGAAGAAAUUUAAAUUUUAUCGGGGUCACUAGGUGCUCUCACCUAAUCAAUGGUACAAAUAAUAUUAGUUAUAAUUAUAAUAUUCCUAUUGAAACUAAGGUUAAAGUGCUAGGAUUAGAAAUUUUUAAUGUAAACACCUUACUAGUACUUGCGAUAAAGAUAUUAUUGCAUAAACAGCACUUUACUUUUUUUCUAUCCAUAUUAUAUUAUUAUAUAUUAUGAAAAAUAUUAGCGAUUCGGAUGCUAGUGCACACUACUGAUGCAUAUAAAAGAUUAUUGUGCACAAAUUUAUAAUAGCAUAAUAAUAGCAUGAUAAAAGAAAUAAAAUUAUUAAUAUUAAGAGCUAUUAUUAUUGCUCUUCAAUAAAUGAUAACUCGCCGUAUUAAUAUUAAUUAUCUUAAUGUUUUUAUUAAUUAUGCUUAUAAUAUAAAUUUUUUUAUAAUUAUCUGUAAUGCAUUAGUCCAACCGAAUUUGCUAUAAAUUUUUUAUAAGUGUGUUUAACAAUAAAACAAGAAAAUAUUCUAGAAAUGGUUUUGAAAUCGCAUUUUAAAUUACUAGUGUUGUGGCAUAAUUAUUUUCUCAGAUUAUGUUACAAGCCAUUAUGAAGGUGAUAAUGAUCGAUGGAAAAUGCUUAUUAAAAAUUCAUUAAUAUUUUGAGCCUAUUUUAAAAGUGCAUUUUUCUAUAUAUAUAGUAUGUAUUUUAAUAUGUAUUAACUAUUUAAUAGAAUGAAAACUUUUAGUUUAAAUCGUUUCGAAUAUUUACUUGAGAGAAGAAUUAUGCUGUACUCAUUUAAACAUCGCAAUUAAAUUUAUAAAUUACGCAUUUAAAUUUGCUGUUCUUGCAAUGAGAUCUUUGUGCUCGAAGACCGGUCUAUUUGCAUACAAGGUUAUGAUAGACCUGUCGCAAGAAAAAGAUAACUGUACAGACCUACUUUUGUAAAUAAUUUUAAUCGAAAUAAGUAAGGUAUUCAUCUGUUGGGAAUAUCUCGCCUAUUGAUGGAUAUUAUGCAUAUAGUGUUCCUUUCCUUUAGAUUGUAGUAACAGACGGAAGUGAAUAAAACUAGGGGAUAUCGGGCUUCACACUGGAAAUUUAAUAAUACACGUGAUGUAUCUCCCGAGAUAAAAAGAAAGAGAUUAUAGAUAUAAAAUGCAAGAUAAAACGAAAGACAUGUGAUUGUUUUACAUAGCUCUUCAAAGUCUAAUAAUCCUA